GAUCGAUCUCCACCGUUCCUUCUCCCCUCUCCUAAUGUCAGCCGUGCAGCCUCUCCACUGCGCCCACUUCUUAUACUCCCACCUUCUGCUCCCUCUCACGGACGCUUCGCUCUAGUCGGAAGGUUUCGAGGAACUCCCGGGCUCGAGGAGAUCGGGACGAUGAUGGGAGGGCGCGCUCUGCUGCUGCUCCUGGUCUCGGCGCUGCUCGUUCAGAUCCGCGCCUCUGACCCGCUGCUGUACGAGCCGUUCGAUGAGGACUUCGAGGGAAGAUGGAUCGUCUCCAAGAAGGAUGAAUACCAAGGUGUAUGGAAGCAUGCCAAGAGUGAUGGGCAUGAGGACUAUGGUCUCCUUGUUAGUGACAAAGCAAGGAAAUACGCCAUAAUCAAGGAGCUUGAUGAGCCAGUUACCUUAAAUGAUGGGACAGUGGUCCUGCAGUUUGAAGUGAGACUUCAGAAUGGCCUUGAAUGUGGAGGUGCCUACAUUAAGUACAUCCGCCCUCAGGAUGCUGGAUGGGAUGCCAAGGAGUUUGAUAAUGAGACUCCAUACACUAUUAUGUUUGGUCCAGAUAAAUGUGGGUCAACCAACAAGGUUCAUUUCAUCCUUAAGCACAAGAAUCCUAAGACUGGAAAGUAUGUUGAGCAUCACCUCAAAUUCCCACCUUCUGUCCCAUACGACAAGCUCUCUCAUGUCUACACAGCUAUCUUGAAGCCAGACAAUGAGGUCAGAAUUUUGAUCGAUGGGGAAGAAAAGAAGAAGGCAAACUUCCUUUCUGCUGAUGACUUUGAGCCAGCACUUAUCCCAUCCAAGACCAUUCCUGACCCUGAUGACAAGAAGCCGGAGGACUGGGAUGAGAGAGCUAAAAUCCCUGAUCCAGAUGCAGUGAAGCCUGAUGAUUGGGAUGAGGAUGCCCCCAUGGAAAUUGUGGAUGAGGAAGCCACCAAGCCUGAGGGAUGGUUGGAUGAUGAACCCGAGGAGAUUGAUGAUCCUGAGGCAGCCAAGCCCGAGGACUGGGACGAUGAAGAGGAUGGUGAAUGGGAGGCACCAAAGAUUGACAACCCCAAGUGUGAAGAGGCACCUGGAUGUGGCGAGUGGAAGAGGCCGAUGAAGCAGAAUCCUGCUUACAAAGGCAAGUGGCAUGCACCUAUGAUUGACAACCCCAACUACAAGGGAAUCUGGAAGCCUCAGGAGAUACCCAACCCUGAGUACUUUGAGCUUGACAGGCCUGAUUUUGAUCCAAUUGCUGCUAUUGGGAUUGAGAUCUGGACAAUGCAGGAUGGCAUCCUGUUCGACAAUAUCUUGAUUGCUGAUGAUGAGAAAGUUGCCACCUCCAUUCUGGAGAAGACAUGGAAGCCCAAGUAUGAUGUUGAGAAGGAAAAGGAGAAGGCUGAGGAGGCUGCUGCUGGUGCAGAUGGUCUUUCUGACUUCCAGAAGAAGAUUUUUGACGUCCUGUACAAGAUUGCUGAUAUUCCGUUCUUGGCACCCUACAAGACCAAGAUUAUUGAUGUUAUCGAGAAGGGAGAGAAGCAGCCCAACAUCACUAUUGGCAUUUUGGUCUCCGUUGUCAUCGUGUUCGUUACCGUUCUCUUCAAGAUCCUUUUUGGUGGCAAGAAGCCGGUGGCACCUGUGAAACCUGCAGCUGAGGCGAAGAAGCCCAAGGCCGCGGAGACGGACGGUGCUGGAAGCAGUGGUGACAAGGAUGAGAAAGAGGAUGAAAAGGACGAGACAGGCCCACGUCGGAGGACCCGAAGGGAGACAUAGACCUGUUUUUGACGUGUUUUAGCUCUUCUGGCGUCUGCUUAUUUUGAGAACUCUUAAUAUUUGUGAGUGUAUAAUAGGAGCUUAUGUCACCUCUGCGGCUUCCCCCGCUGCUGAUUUGUUUUUAAUGGUUAGACCAGGACCCUUCACGAGCGUAGAAUUUAGUUCUUGUUGGUCAUUUAUGUGCUGUGCCUGACGGUGUUCAAUCAGAUAGAGGUGAUGGUUUUUUUGGUAGAUCAAAUCAAGGAAUAUUUCAUAUGCCUUUUUGGCAACUGUUUCAG